CAUAGUCUAUGCCUUCUUCGUCCGCAAAAAGUUGCUCAGAUGAUGAAAAGCAGGUGCUUCUUUCGUUUGCAUUUUCUUUAAGGACUUUUUGUCAUCAGUAUAUAUAAGACUUGUGUUCGCAUCUACGGAGCAAGAGCGUCACUGUCGACCUUGACCUUCUUCCUGUCCAGUGUACUCGGCAGUAGCUCGCCGACGUCUAUACAAUGGAAGCCCUUAACAAGGAGCACGAACGGCUUUGCAAAAAGAGCAAUCUCUCCCAAAGUAUAUCUGAUAUCCAAAAGACAAUAGACACUUUGGUCACUGCACGAAAUACAAUAGAGAAAGAUUCAAACGCGACUUCUCUAACAGUUGCCAAGCUGCAAGGUUCCGUCAAGCAAUCAUUUGACAAGAUCAAUGAUGAUUUGAAAGAUGUUCAUUCUGGUUUAGGAAAGUACGUCAAGGCUUUGGAUAAGAAAUUCAAAGAUAGACCCAUCCCAACUAGCGAAUACGAUGCUCUUUCAUCACACCCUUCUUUGAUUAAUAGAGCGAUUGCGAUGCAUCUGCUGCGAGAAGGGCAAUUUUCUGUAGCUUCAACUUUCAUAAGGGAAGCAACCGCAAACCCGCCUCGGGUUGAUUCAAAUACGGAACCUGCAGAUGGCUCUAUUGGCUUGCCAAAUGACCUUGGCAUGGGACCUCUAAAGUCAGAAUCGCUGCAGGAAUUAUUUGCAGAAAUGUAUUACAUCCUGCAUGAACUCAGAGACAAGAAAAAUCUCUUGCCAGCCAUUGAGUGGGCGAAGGCUCAUAGCGCUACAUUGGAGAUUCGCGGAAGCAACCUUGAGUUUGACCUCAGCAGGCUGCAAUUCAUUUGGCUUUUCAUGGGCGGGGACCAAGGCAAUGGUCAACAUGGAUCGUUUUCCGGUCCUCAGAAAGCGCUGGACUAUGCAAGAUGUGAGUUCGGAAGGUUUCAGGAACGAUAUCUGCGGGAGAUCCAGCAACUUGGUGCAGCGUUAGCAUAUGAGCCGAAUCUUCAACAGUCACCUUAUCGGCUGGUUUUUCACAAUGAUCAUGCCUGGGAAGAGGUGGCAACUUCGUUCACUCGGGAAUUCUGUUCUUUGCUCGGUCUUUCGGCCGAUUCGCCUCUCUAUAUAGCCGCGACCGCUGGAGCUAUUGCGCUGCCAACCUUGUUGAAAUUACAAUAUAUUAUGAAAGAAAAGAAGACUGAGUGGACUACUCAGAAUGAGUUACCGGUCGAGAUUCCUUUGCCACCGUCUUAUCAUUUCCACUCGAUCUUUGUCUGUCCAGUUUCAAAAGAGCAGACAACAGAUCAAAAUCCGCCCAUGAGAAUGCCAUGCGGCCAUGUGGUCGCACAAGAAUCGCUGAUGAGGCUGAGCAAGGGGAGCAAAUUCAAAUGCCCCUACUGUCCUCGAGAAAGCCAUCCUAGAGAUGCGAAGAAAGUCUUUUUGUGAGUCAUUGCUAUUCUAGUUAGGAGAAAGAUGCAGGUAUAAUAUGGCGAAAGGUUGGCGUAGCUAGUGGACUGCAUUUUCAGGGGCAUAUUCAAGGAGUCAAGGUAGCGCUUUAACUUGUGGUGUUGUUUCUGGUGGUUAUUUGGCUACUUUUUACCAAAUUCAAUCUGGCGAAUAUUCAUUAUUUUUCAUGCCACUCUUAGCCGGCAGAUAUAGGGUUCGUCACUGGAUAAUUGAAGGACUUUCCCAUACCAUAAUGAUAAAGAAACACAGAAAUGUCCAAGCGGGAUUUCCCCAUCACAGUGAUUCGAGUAUUUCUACAUUCUGUACGCGACAUCUAUCUUGGUGAAGGCAGCAGCCACAAUCGAAAUUCACGGG